CGGACACAUCAGCACUGAAGGAGAAUUGCAAGACUCUGUGGCAGCUGCGUGCGGAAGUGGAAAUGCUGGUGUUGCUGAAGGGAAUGGUAGCACAUGCUGAAAAGACCAAGGAAAUUGGACUAGAUGUGAUAGCAGGUUCCACCUCCCUGCAGCCGUGCCACCACCGACGGGCAGGCGAACUCAAGAUGCAGCUGGAGCUUUCAGUAAAAGCAGCAAGGCGAGCAGAUAGCCUUUCUGAUGUCGUGCAAGCAGUCGGCGAGUAUGUUUCCUUUAGCGAGGCGCUGUUGCAACUGGCGUUGACAGCAGUGCUAGAAGGUCUGCUCAAAAACGACCCACCAGCUGCAGCAGAGGUGUAG